AUGACGCCGCUUGGGACAGGUGAAAGUCAACAUGACUCCUCAUCUGCUCCUAAGGACUCAAACAAGGGAACUACAGUAAAUAUCAAAGAAAACCCACACCCGGAUCCGGAAAAGGGCGCGAGUGGCAAUGAUAGAGAGGAUUACACUGAGGAGGGGGGCUACAACUUUUUCGACUUGCUCUCGCAUGCCAAACGAAAGUUUGUUUUCUGGUGGUUCUGGGGGGCUGUCAUUCUCGCUAUCCCUCUAGCAUUGAGCGCAACAAGAUUUCGAACCGUUCAAAUUCAAAACGUCCGCCUCUUCGGAUUGUUUUGCUGGCUUGCCGUAUCAUGGGCUGGCCUUUUGGCCUCUUAUCUCUUUGCAUGGGCCCUCUCUUAUUUUUGGUUUACUGUAUGCAAUCUGUUGUUUGACGAGGGAGAAAACUACAACACCUUUUUUGUCGAUAUCAGGCAUUCCACAAUGCUCUUGGCCUGGGGAUUUAUAUGCUGGUCAACUGUGCCACUUUUAUGCCGCGUCGAUCAUCACCACUGCACCACUGGCUGGGUCCAUACCUUCCAGAAAGUCAUGCUCGCAGCAUUAGUUGUUGACUUCGUCUAUUUUGUUAAAGACCUUUUGCUCGAACUACUUUUCCUGCGGGCGGCUAUCGAAUUUCUUCACCCUAGGUUGAAGACACUUCAAAAUAUUAUCUCUGCGCUAGAGCUGUUGGCCUUUGAGUCACGCAAGCCUUCUUCUAUACUCGACUACCUACACCAGAAGUGGGUAGGGGAUUUUCUGGGGUUCUUGUUUUUGAUGAGAAGAUGGUACAAUCCCGAGAAGCAGAGAAAGAUUGAAUCUGAGGAAGACCAGCCUGGGCAAGACGAUAUCGAGGACAUACAUUUUGAAGAUCCUGAUUCUAAAUGGACCCGCUUGGUGCAGAUGAACCUCCUCGAUCUCUGUACGGGAUACGGCACCAAAACGGGCUAUUGGAUGGUGGCACAGUACAUCAAAAGUCUAAUGACGAAAUGCGACCUUGAGGACCCGUCCGCAGAAAGACCGUCGAUAAAAGCCGAGACCCAGCGAGGGUGGUCCAAAAGGCGGAAUUCGUUCAAAAGCUUUUUCAAGAAGCGCCCGUCCCGCGACUUCUGCCACCCCCUGCCUGACUGCAUCCAUGAGCGAGUUCGAUCAUGUAGAUGCACGGUUGAUUCUCACUCGAACACCCCAGCCCAAGAGGUGUCAUCCAAAGAUAAAAUUGUCUCCCAGCCGAAAAGCAAGACUGAAGCUAAAUUGUUCAAACGCGAAGCCGCCUCCCUCUCUAAGACCCCAGCUCGGGGUGGACUGUGUAACAAUUCGUGUGAAUGCGGAGGCUCCUGCCAGACGAUUGCUGGGGGUGGUUGGUGCAGACGCCAAGUUGCCCUCUAUGUCCGUAAGCUUCUUUCUGGGGCUCAUGAACAAUUCACUUCUAAAGCCAUCGCCCACUUUGAAUCCUUCGAUCAGUUGUGGGGCGUCCUGGAUAGAAACAGAGACGGUUUCGCCAGUUUUGAAGAACUUCAUUGGCUGGUUGAGGAUGUAGGCGAGUCUCUCAAAGAAGUAAUAUCAGGCCAAAAGAAUUUGAUGAUGGUUAUCCGCGAACUUAACCUUGUCUUGUCUAUUGCUCUAUUGGCGCCAGCUGCCCUUAUAUAUGUUUUGUUUUUUGUCAAGAACCCGGGCUCUUAUCUUGCUCCAGUUUGGGCGACGUUUGCGGGCCUCAGUUUUGCCCUACAGGGCCCAGUCAAGUCGUUCACAGAUGCUUGUGUUUUUGUCUUCUCACAGCAUCCGUAUGAUGUUGGUGAUUGGGUUAUCUGGGGCAAAGAGAAAGAUCUGAAGCUCAUUGUUGAUGAAAUCCGUUUACUAAAAACAGCCUUUACGUGUGCGGACACCGGAAAGACGGUCCAUAUUCCACAUACCGAAAUAUGUACCGGAUAUAUCGAGAAUUUGUCGAGGACAUCAACGUACUUCGUCAAGAGUAUUGUGCUUCAUUCGGAGGACAAAGUAGAUAAAUGCCAUAAAGAAGCGAUUCGCAAGUUCCAGCAGGAGGAACUUCGGGAUCUUUGGAGAAAUGACGAGAAGCGUGAAAUCUUCCGGUAUCAUCAACUGCCGGAGAUCAGCGUUGUGCCAAUAAAGUCUGAGGACUUGGAAGAGAAAGGCAUUCGGGUUGACUUCAAGAGAAAAGAAUGGGCUCCUGGUCGAUUCUUCAGACAUGAGGAGAGAUGCCGACACGAAGUAAUGUCUUUCAUUCGAGAGCAUCUACCCGACUUGAUCAAGUCAGGUAGUAAACUCGAUUCUGGUGCUCAGGAAAUAAGUGGAACCACCGGAUUGGAAAAGCCUGCAAGUAGCAAUGGAGGCAGUAAAAGCGAAGAGGAAAUUGGACACAGCCUGAAACCUUCCAAUCCCACGCCAUGAGGAUUCUGGAGCAAGUAACGGCGGAUUUCGGAUUUUCGGAUUUCACAGUAUUUUAACACCAAUUCCCAGAAUUAAAUGAUACGU